AUGGCUGAUCGAUUGACACAACUUCAAGAAGCGAUUGAUGAGCUCGCUCUUCAAUUCGUCGCAUCGCUGGUAUGGGUUAACAAGCACCAUGACUACCAAACUCUCAGCCCAACCGACAUGGUCCGAAAAGAUGCCAAGAAGGACGAAUCCGGCGAAGCAUUGCCAAAUGAAGACGGCUUAGAGCCAUUACCUGCGGACAAAUUUAAAGAAGGCCAGCUAGAAUUAGCACGGGAUCUUAUCAUCAAGGAGCAACAAAUCGAGGUACUUAUAUCAGCACUACCGGGGCUAGAAGACAGCGAGACCAAGCAGCACCAGACGAUUUUAAGAUUGGAGCAAGAACUGAAAGAAGAAGAAGAGAGGAGGAAAGAGGCUUUGAAGGAAAAAGAAGCCGUUCUGGCUAGAUUGGAGGGAGUUAUAAGAAGUGUGAAGAGACCGUGA